UUCGUUUCGUUGUCAAAAUUGAAAUUGUAAAAAAUCGUACCGUAUACUGAUGUUUAUUGCGGCGUGUUGAAGUCACUGGGCAGACGAUUUAUUUAUUUAAUAUUCGAGUGCGACGAUAAAGAAAGAGCCGUUGAGUUUUAGAAUAUAUCGUUCCAUUUGAAUUGCAGAAUUCAAUGGCUUGCGCGUAAUUGAACAAGAGUCGACGCAAUGGUGGAGACUAAUUGUUUUUUAAAACGAAUUACCUGUGUGCUUCCAAGUUUGUUAAGUCAUCUGUUCUUAACGAGUGUUUGAGUGUUAGUAUACCGGGUGUUUGCAGACGUGAAAAUUCAACAUUUUUACUCAUAAUUAUAGUAUGUGUAACUACGAUUAAAUUACGUGCGAUGAGAGUUGUAACAGCGUGAGCAGGAUUUUGAAAGUUCGCUAUGUGAUUUUCUUCUGAAUCAGACGAUGAGAAUGUGGUACUGCUUAAAAUUUGUACCAGAAAAGCUCGAUCGGAUAAUUUUUUAUAGAAGUAUACCGGAUGAUUGAUACACGCAAUCGACGUUGUAGAGAUCUGAUCCUGGCUCUAAACCUAUACGUAGGAUAAACAGCAGAGGUGGGGUUCUUGAAGUUGACUCUACUUCGAAAUCGUGAACAAACUUUCUUGUACGUACAACGCCCAGGUUAGCUCAAAAGGACGGCUCAGGAUGCUGGGCGUCCCGGCGAGCGUCCACAGGCCCAAAAUCAACGACAGAGUUGCCCGGAGGGAAGCCAGCUGAGAAUGUCGGAGCAGAACGGGCCCCCGGAGGGCCCAGGCUGGUGGCCUCCGGCCCAAUCCUGGAAGUCGUCAUCGGUCCCUGCAAGACCAGAGGCGGGAAGAAACGUAUCUGUGACUACCAUCAAUGUUCCACCAGCCCACGAAAUGCAUGACGGUAAAAAUGUUAAGUAUUUGGGUGGUCGGAACGGUGUGACGGUGUCAGUCGUGUCCGGAUGCGCUACCGGAAAUGAACCGGAAAAUGACGGAGUGGAUAGCGACGGCGAAGUAAGCAAGAUCGAUUUCCGGGGAGUAAAUCUCCGCACGAAAAAGAAAAGGGACGCGCCAGAAGGACAGGAAAGCGACGCUAGCACCAUCACCGAGGCGAUGCUGCAGCAGCCGGAACGCCCCAUGUCCUGGGAGGGUGAACUUUCCGAUCAAGAAAUGUCCUCCAAUACAAUCACCAAUCAAGACCAUGAAGAAACAUCAAUGGAAGGUGUUCAAGUCUGCAGCGCAAGCCCAGGACCAACACAUGCACCACAGGAGCCUAAAUUCCCGAUAAAACUCGAGCCGGAAUUUCGCUCGAGUCCUGGGCCACCUUUAGGUACCCCUAACGAAACAACACUAUCCAACUCUCAACAACACCAACAACAUCAUCAACACCAUCCACAGCAACAACAUCAACAUCAACAUCAUCAACACCAACAACAGCACCAACAACAGCUCAAUAUUGACGGACUAGAACAAACUCAGCAAAGUGAUUUACCACUACUUGUUGGGAAACUGCUUGGAGGAUAUAACAAUGCGACUCCUAGCCACAGUCCAGUCCUUAAUCCAAGACAUCAUCUGACUAAACAUAGUCACACGAGAUCACAGGUUCCAUCGCCAGACUCGGCGAUACAUUCGGCAUACAGCGUGUUCAGCUCCCCGACACAAAGUCCUCAUGCCGCUCGUCACUCGGCGCUCGGAGCUGGAAGUCCUGUGCCUUCUUCAUCUUUGUCACUUUCACGCCACAGUUUCAACAAUUCAACAUCCUCACUAUCUUUGUCUCUCUCGCAUUCGCUUUCGCGAAAUAACUCUGAUGCAUCCAGCAGCUGCUAUAGUUACGGAUCUCUCAGUCCACCUACACAUUCGCCCGUGCAACAACCGAGACACUCCCAUUCUCAUACUUCACAUCCACACCAUCAAGUUGCACCACAAGGCAGUCCUCUACAUUUGCCAGUAUCGCAUCAUUAUUCAGCAACAAAUUCGGAACUUUCCGAGGGGCUAAGUGAGGAUCAGGAGGAUUGUAAAAUAGCACCCGCUACGGCAGGCAUUUCGACUAGACAACAGCUCAUCAAUAGUCCCUGCCCUAUCUGUGGUGACAAGAUCAGUGGUUUUCACUACGGUAUAUUUUCUUGCGAGUCUUGUAAAGGAUUCUUCAAGAGGACAGUACAGAAUCGGAAGAAUUAUGUAUGCCUUAGAGGAGCUGGAUGUUCGGUUACUGUGGCUACACGGAAAAAAUGUCCAGCUUGUCGAUUCGACAAGUGUUUAAAUAUGGGAAUGAAGUUGGAAGCAAUUAGGGAAGACCGAACCCGAGGUGGUAGAAGUACAUAUCAGUGUAGUUACACGCUCCCGGCAAACUUGGUGGGCUGUACUUCCGGUGGAUUACCUGGCGAUAAAAUGGCCGGAGGAACAUGCAGUCCUGCACCUCCUGGGUAUGAACAUCACCAUUCGGCAAGGCACCAUUCAAAUCACUCGCAUAAACUGCACGUGGUGCCGCAGUUGUUGCAAGAAAUUAUGGAUGUGGAACAUUUGUGGCAUUAUAAUGACAAUGAUCGAAUGACAAGUGCGCAAAGUAGUGGCAGCAGUAGCAAAUCAGAGCAGCCCAGGCCCAGUUCUGUGGGGCCACAAAAUACUGAACAUGAUCCGCACCCACCCAGCAAUGCGAAUACAAAUGCGAAUCCAUCGCAGCAUCCAGACUUUUUGUCAAACCUGUGCAAUAUUGCAGAUCAUAGGCUUUAUAAAAUUGUUAAGUGGUGCAAGAGCUUGCCCCUCUUUAAAAACAUUUCAAUCGAUGAUCAAAUUUGCCUCCUAAUCAAUUCGUGGUGUGAGUUGUUGUUAUUUUCAUGCUGCUUCAGAAGCGUGAAUACACCAGGAGAGAUUAGAGUCUCUCUUGGGAAAUCAAUCACACUUGAACAAGCCAGACAGCUGGGUCUCGCUAGUUGCAUUGAAAGAAUGCUUGCAUUCACCAACAACCUUAGACGAUUGCGGGUGGACCAAUACGAGUACGUCGCGAUGAAGGUCAUUGUCCUACUGACAUCUGACACAAGCGAGUUGAAAGAGCCAGAAAAGGUCCGAGCAUCACAGGAGAAAGCAUUACAGGCGUUGCAACAGUACACUAUUGCCAUGUAUCCGGAAAUGCCAGCCAAGUUUGGCGAACUGCUCCUUCGAAUCCCAGAUCUACAGCGAACUUGUCAAGCAGGGAAGGAGCUGCUCAGUGCAAAACGAGCAGAAGGAGAAGGUAGUUCCUUCAACCUGUUGAUGGAACUGCUACGAGGGGACCACUGAGUACUAAUCACCACCAUAGAUUCCAUGCUUAUACGUAUUGUUCAUAAGCACACAGAGUUAGGUGUGGUAAGUAAGGACAUUUUUUUAAAGACAAGAGAAAUGACUGUAACAAGUAAUCCGUAAUAAUGUUAGCUCUUGGUGAGGGGGAUUAUUAGGUUGUUAGAGGACUUAGAUAAUAAUAAUAUAUUUUUUACUAAAAUGCUUCCAUACAGGGCCUGUAUUCCUGCCUUUAAAGUUUAAGUACAGGAGUUUUCAAGCGGCCUAUGGUACGUCCGUAUCGUCCAGUGUGCAUCCAAGUGAGAAUAAACGUGCGAGUGAGAAGAUUUUGUCGUGUGAAUGAUGGAAGAGAGCAAAUAUGUUUCCAGUGUAGCCUCAGAGUUACACUUUAAUUAUGAAACACCAGUAUUUCGUAAAUACUUGCGAUUACUUAAAAACAAAGCAUAAUGUCUUAUGUCCCAGUAAAAAUGUACUUAAAAUCAAUUAUCUGUAAGGCUUAAUUAUUAUUUAGUUAUAUGCCCCUUCAAGGUAUUUUUUACUAUACUUUACACAUAAUUACAUAACUAUAUUAUAUAUUGAACAAAAAAAAAUAUAUAUUAUAUAUAAUAGCCUUACGUCUUCAUCUGGCAAUUCAGCGUCGCCGCAUUUUGUUCCGUCGCAAGGUUCCAUCCAUUCUUAAAUUACACUAAAAAAAAAUAGAAAAAAAUAAUAUAAAUUUUCUAUCUUAGCAUAUAACGUGCCAAGUAACUAUUGUUACGAAUUGUGGCAGUGCCACUGUGACCGAACAAUAACAUUUUUAAAUAUAUUAUCACGUCGAAUCGAUACGUGAUUCAUGAUACAGAUUAAAGGAGGAGAUACAUGUAAAUUUCCAAAAAAACUCCUCGGAAACUUUCUUCUCCGUCGCGCUGAAAUUCUACACACAUUUUUUCAGUGAUAUUACCUUCCGUGAGAGCCUACUUGUGUGGAAAAUUUAGUUGAAAAAAUAGUUUUUUCGAAACAAAAACAAUUGAAAAAAUUGUUUUUGCUUCGAAAAUUGUUUUGGGAAAGAUUACCUAACAAAUUGUAUCAUUAAUCAACACUUAGAAUCAGAUCAAUAGAACAGAUGCCACAAUCCACACCCAUCAACAAUUUGCCCUGCCACCUUCCCGGAAGACUACAUUGCAAAUCGACCAUUUCGAAAAGUUGAAAAAUAAAAAAAAAAAAUUUCCUGAAUAGUUGAAAAUAUAGAUGAACGAUUCGUCAAGUUUCAGAAACAUCGAAUAAAUAAAUCUUUAAAAAACAAAGAAUGAAUCAAAAUCGUCGAAAAUUCGUGGAUCUACAUAUAUCUUCCCCAUUAAUAACUUAUUACAAAAUCGUAUACUUGUGAGGUCGUUUCUAUUACAUUCACUGCUAGAUACAGUGUUGUUAUCGAUGCUACAUCAUAGAAAAUACCCUCAAAGGUGAGGAAUUUUGUCUGAUAGCUGUUUUAUGCUGCACUCUCGACAUCUGUGACCAGAAUAUUAUUAUGACAAAGCGUGUAAUGUAACAAAUGAAUAAGUGAAUAAUUUCUAAAUGAUAAGUACGCGUAAGUACCUAAGUACAUACGCCAAGGUAAGACUGCUGUAGGAUGGAGCCGCUGAUUUGUCAGAUGAGACACUCAAAUAAAAAUUAAUAUUGUAUUCUAAUUGAAUGAAACAGUUACGUACUACUGGCAAUAUAAGGAUUGCUGAUAUCCUUGGAUUGAAAAAAUUAAAAACAAAAAAAAAAAACCAGUAUUCACGCAAAUUCAAAAUGGAUUGGUAGUAGAAUAUUCAAUAGAAAUAUAAGUAUUGUGACGCGAAGUUGUGAAAGUGAGCAAUGGAGAUCAUGUAUAUAUAAAAGGCAGUUUCACGUUGAACAAGCGAAAGAAGUGCGUGCGUGAACAUGUUGUAGCCAUAAGAAAGCUUUUUGCUUGUUGAAUUGUGUUUAUUCUAUAUUUAUAUUUGAUAAUAAUUAUUUCUACAUAUUUCAUUAUAACAUACCUAGAGUACGACUCAAGCGGUGUUAUUAUCAUUAUUUUCCUCUUUUUUAAAAAUAUUUUCGUUUGUGAAAAUUAUUGAUAAAAAUAUUCAUAUUUCUUAACUACGGAGGUGGCAAUAAACUCGAGCUGUACAACAAGUUCUCAGAAAACAAAACCUCUGCUGAAAUUUUUAAUUCUUCGACGGGUUGAGAAUUAUUUGUCAAUCAAUGAAAUUUGAUCCAAAUAAAUGUGGCGGCUGAAAGCAGCUAAUAUCUAUGACUGCUUUUAUACAACAAAAUGUGGUUAAAAACAAAGCUCGGAAUAGAAUAUCCUGGUUCACCCGUUGAUUCUGAAGAUUCAAUACAUGUAAUAUGACAUUUGAAUCCAAUGCUUUUGCAAUUUUGUAUGAUCGGAAUGGGGAGAAGAGAAAGAAUGCCAGUGAUGACAAUAUUAAGACAACAAUAUGUAAAAAUAAAUCGAUAUUCAGAGCUUAAAUACAACAGACUGUACUGACAAUUAUAUUAUAUCUCUACAAACUAAUAUAAAAAUUAGAUACCAAUGCAAAAAAAAAAAAAACGGAAAAAAUAGAGUAAAUGGUAUAA